CUGUCAAGCAGUGCUGAAGAAUUGGAAGGGCAAACGCCAGAAAAGGCAGAGAAAAGACAAACAUAAAAUCAGCAGUAUGUAGCUCGGUCCUGCCUUCCCUUCGCUCUCGCUCACCGUGGACAAAUCCUGCCGUCCCCGAUUCCAGAUCCGAAACUUGUGGACACGGAGCGGUCUUGUUUUUUUUUUUUUUUUUUUUUUUUUUUUAGAUUUUUUUUUUCACUGUGUCUCUCUAAAGCGAUUGCAUUCUCCAGAGGUGGCACCAUCACAUUUUACAAUCUGACAGCCUCUACAUCCUUUUUUCCUCCAGAAUGAGAGAAAAUCGUGGAGCCUGGUGACACUGUAGCAAACUGCAGCCGGGUUUGGACCUCUUAUAUCAGGCGGAUCAUCCCCAACCGGGCAGCGGAUGCCUGAAUGGAGAUUUGCAAGCCAUCCACCAAGAUUUCUCCGCUUCCUAAACUGCUGAAUUUGGGCUGAUAAAUGGAGUGUACUGCCGGACUACAUAAUGGCAUUAUGUUUGAUGGAGGGUGUUUGACAUCGGAGCGACUGGCCAGAAUAACACCCCGCAGUGUGAAUAUUUCAGCCUGUUGAUGAUGAACCGCUCAGGACUGGAGCAAAGUGUCGUGAGAACCGGUUUCUGGCCCGUGUCUUGAGCUCCCAGUUUCUUUAAAAAAGAGAGAGAGAAACAGAGAGAAAAACAUCCUUUUUGAUGGCUCCGGGGUGGGGGAGGACGACUACACAUGAAAGCUUGGACACAAAAAAUGGAUAAAACUAUUGCAUGAACCCGGCGGGGGGACUACAUGGUGUGUUUAGGCCUAGCCUACUUGAUAACAGUGAAGUUGAGGGGAAAAUGAGAAAAUGGUGAUUUGGUACGAAGAAGACGAGAAAAGGAGGGAUAAAAAUCGUCCAUGGGGAUCUGAGGAGUCCAGCUGAAGAAUAACGGGAUCCAAGUUUUCCAGGAUAAGACAGCUGCUUUGAUUAAAGACCUCCAAUUAACUUCAUGUGAAAAAGAGAGGGAGGAAAUCAGCUUCCUGGUCGGGGGUGGGGGGAUAGGGAGAUAUAUUAUUCAUGCCUUGUGUUAGAGCAAUUGGAGAACCGGCUUUGCUGUGGCCUAGAUGAUACAUAUAUAUGUAUUUAUAUAUAUUUAACCUCACGUGGAAGAGUGGACCUUUACAAACACACAAAAGAGGGCGAAUGACACUCGGGUAGCCUCAAAGUAAAGCACUUGCGCAAAAAGAAAAAGGCUGAAGUGGGUUGAAGCAUGGGCUGUGCUUCAAGUAUUCAUAUCUCUGAUAGGGUGGUCUACCACAGUGGAAAAGAGUCCGAGGAUUCCCACUCACCCCAGCAGACUAACACCACUCAGCAUCAAGGAAAUCCUGCCUCGGGACUACCCCUAAAACCCCCGAGCUGCAAGACCACAUUAACAGAGGUGCAAUUUGGACCAAUGAAGUUAUUUAAAGACCCACUUCAGGUACUUUUAGUUUUUGCCAAAGAGGACAGUCAGAGCAAUGGCUUCUGCUGGGCAUGUGAGAAGGCCAACUUCAGGUGCAGCAUGGCACGAACGCCUGAGUCGGCUCUCGAAUGCUUCUUGGAGAAGCAUCAUGACCUUGUCAUCAUUGACCACAGACAUUCCAGACACUUUGAUGCUGAAGCACUAUGCCGGUCAAUUAGAGCGCUCAACUCUUCAGAAAACACUGUGAUAGUCGCUGUUGUGAAAAGGCCAGACAGAGAGGAAGCCUCUGUGAUGCCCCUGAUCAAUGCCGGCUUUAAUAGGAGAUAUGUGGAGAAUGCCAAUAUGAUGGCCUGCUAUAAUGAGCUGCUACAGUUGGAGCAUGGAGAGGUGCGGGCGCAGUUCAAACUGAGGGCUGGAAAUGCUAUUUUCACAGCUCUAGAACAAAGCCAAGAGGCCAUAGAAAUCACUUCUGAAGAUCAAGUCAUUCAGUACGUGAACCCUGCCUACGAGUCCAUUAUGGGCUACCAACAAGGCGAGCUAAUAGGGAAGGAAAUAAUAGAAGUGCCUAAAAGUGAGAAGAAUAAGCCUGAUCUCCUUGAAACAAUAAAUUCCUGCAUCCGGAAAGGAAAGGAGUGGCAGGGGAUUUAUUAUGCCAAAAAGAAGAAUGGAGACAGCAUUCAGCAAAAUGUGAAGAUCACACCUGUAAUUGGACAGGGAGGAAAAAUCAGACACUAUGUGUCUAUCAACUGGCCUUUAAAUGAUAAUAAUAAGAGUGAUAAAUCCACUGAACGUGUGCAGGCAGAGUCCCAGACAGACAUCCAAUCCAGUAAGCACAAAGACCGGAGGAAAGGCUCUCUGGACGUUAGAUCCACAACGUCUCGGGGGAGCGAUGGGAGCUCACAGAGAAGGCACUCCUCAAUGGCCCGAAUCCACUCCAUGACUAUAGAGGCUCCCAUCACCAAGGUAAUCAACAUUAUCAAUGCAGCGCAGGAGAGCAGCCCUAUGCCCGUGGCGGAGGCCUUGGAUCGGGUACUGGAGAUCCUGAGGACGACUGAGCUCUACUCCCCGCAGUUGGGCACCAAGGAUGAAGACCCCCAUACCAAUGACCUCGUGGGGGGGCUGAUGACGGAUGGUUUACGCAGAUUGUCAGGAAAUGAAUACAUCCUUUCCACAAAACAGCCCCACCAUAUCCCCAGUCACCUGACAACUCCUCUGUCUUUAAAUGACAUCCCCCCUCGUAUCGCCCAGACCAUGGAGAACGAGGAAUCUUGGGACUUUGACAUCAUCAACUUGGAAGCUGCAACCAUGAAACGGCCUUUGACCUACUUGGGCAUGAAGAUCUUCUCCAGAUUUGGGGUCUGCGAGUUCUUAAACUGCCCUGAGGCCACUUUGCGCUCCUGGCUACAAGUGAUUGAAGCUAACUACCACUCCAGUAACUCCUACCACAACUCUUCUCACGCAGCUGAUGUCCUGCACGCAACGGCGUAUUUUCUCUGCAAGGAGAGGGUCAAGCAAAGCUUGGAUCCCAUUGACGAAGUGGCUGCACUUAUUGCUGCUACUGUGCACGAUGUGGACCACCCAGGCCGCACCAACAGCUUCCUGUGCAACGCAGGAAGCGAGCUGGCCAUCCUCUACAAUGACACUGCUGUGCUAGAGAGCCACCAUGCAGCACUGGCCUUCCAGAUCACCACAAGAGACGACAAGUGCAACAUCUUCAAAAACAUUGAAAGGAAUGAAUAUCGAACACUACGACAGGCCAUCAUUGAUAUGGUGCUGGCAACUGAGAUGACCAAACACUUUGAACAUGUCAACAAAUUUGUCAACAGCAUCAACAAGCCACUGGCUGCUCUGGAGGAGAACGGGGGAAACAAUGAUGAGGAAUCUGUCAAAAGCGUUCUUACAUCCCCAGAGAAUCGCAUCCUCGUCAAGCGGAUGCUGAUUAAGUGUGCAGACAUCUCCAAUCCAUGCAGGCCUCAGGAGCUCUGUAUAGAAUGGGCCGGACGCAUCUCAGAGGAGUAUUUUGCACAGACGGACGAGGAGAAGAGACAAGGUCUACCAGUGGUAAUGCCUGUGUUUGACAGAAACACGUGUAGCAUCCCAAAGUCCCAGAUUUCCUUCAUAGACUACUUCAUUACGGACAUGUUUGAUGCCUGGGAUGCUUUUGCAGACCUCCCCAAUCUUAUGCAGCACUUGGACAACAACUUCAAGUACUGGAAAGGCCUGGACGAGAGGAAGCUGCACAGUCUGCGACCGCCUCCAGAGUAGGCGCUGCAGUGUUUGGCCCCGGGACUCUGCAGUCCGGGGCAGCCCUCCUAUCUCCUGCUGGGGCGUCUCUCUCCCUGCCAGCCCAGCCAGCCAAAAGGGUCUCCUCGCCUUCACUCUCCUGCUUCUGUAGCACGCUGCGCGUCCACAUGUCCGUCCACACAGAAACCACAGAAGAACUCCCUGAUGGGCAGUUGCGGCAGCGUCAUCGCUGGAUUUACAACCCUGUCAGAUGACAACUGUGACACAGGGACACACAGCAUCCUUAUGAACUUCUUGUGCCUCUCGGGCAUUUGCAGUGUAGCUGGUCAUGACUGAGAGAGGGUCCUUACAGGCCUCCUGGCAAAGCAUCCGUCCCCUAAUUACCACGUGGGCACUCCUGUCUGCCUGUUAAGUUGCUGUUUGAGUAAAAACUGCUUGAUUACUGAAGGAGCGAGCAACACUGGAGGAGUGGGUGUAAGUGUGGCCUGCAUGUGAAGGUGUCAGGCCGUAUAAUCACCUUUGACCUCCAUCCCUGUGCUCGCAGCAAGGCAGGACUGCUCCCUCUGCCCCUGGAGGCCACACCAUGAAAGAACACUCCACUGCUUUUUUUUUUUGGCAAUAUUUUUAUGUGUCCUUCAGAAACACAUCCAAGUUGACAGGUAGCUGUCAUAACAGACAUGUGGGAGGGGAUGCUUUCUUUUUGGGUCAGGGAGUGGAUCUUUACUUAAGGCCACUGCUGAGAGACAAAAACCUCAACAUCAUGAUCAUAGGUAACUAAUUACAGAUGAUUUGGUAUGUUAAUUUUUCUUAGAUGUUCCAUAUUUUCUAUGUUAAAAUUAAUAAAUGAAUUAGUUGAUAAAUGAGAACAAAAUAAAUUUCAAAAAGAGAGAGAAAAGCCAAAGCUGAUGAAGACAAAUACUACAUAGCUCUCAAAAAAAAAAUCACAAUUAUUAUUCAUAUGAAGCAUUACCAUAUUAAACAUUUUUAUUUUCUUAUCAAAAGUACCAGUUUGAAUGAACACUUUUGUAUUGCACUGUAAACAAUAUUAGAAAUGUCUACGUCUCAGUGAUUUGUCCAGGGAUGGGAUGUUGCAUUGUAGAAUAAGCUGUUAUUGUUGAUCAUCAGGAGUUUGUGUGUGUGUGAGUGUGUGUACGUGUGGGUGUGUUUGGGCCGUAGGUAUGGGUGCGUGGGUGUAUUCAUUGUUGCAACAAUCCCUUACUCUUGGUUUAAUGCUGUAAACCGCUUGACAUUUGACAACAGCAGAAAUAUGUGAAAAAACAUUUUGGACUUGAAAAUUUUUUCUCCCAGAAAUUUUUGUAUCUGGUUUAUCCUACUGAAAAGACUGCCUUAUUUUAUACAAUAUUUAUACAGUACAUCCCACUGUGCAACUGCAACGGACAUCUGGAGUUUUUAUUAUGACAUAGUCAGAAGGUUAUGUUCAAGUAAAUCUCAAUAUUUUUAUAGACAAUGAAUUUUACACUGGAUUUGCAGCAAAUGAGAUCAACCAUUCUAGCUAUCUGAGUACCUGAGUGAAUUGGAUGGUCACACAGAGCAUGUAUACAGAGAACUAAAUGGUUACGAAGGAUGUGGAUCGCAGAGUUGUCUAUCACUGUCUUUAAGCAGUCUCCUAGAGGCCAGCUUGCAUUGAUUUUUGAUCAAACGUCAUUCUAUUUUGGCCACUUGUCCAUCAUCGUUAUGCACAGCCCCGGGGAACAGCUUUUUGUUCAAGGCUGGUUUCAGAUUAGGAUACUAAUAUAUGUUAAAGAUUGUUGCUUAUUAAGAAUAUUUCCUCUUUAAACAGUAUAUAAAUGCCAUAACAGCUAAGCAAAUGAUGGUUAAUAAGAUGCAUUGACCACGGUUAUCUUUGUUUCUCUCUUAUGACAGAAUUGUACACUCAAUCAGGGGAUUUGUUUGUUCCUUCUGAUUCACACCUUGGUCUGAAGGCACAGAAAAAAAAAUUAGAAACUAUUCAAUGAAAAAUAAAAUAAUGUC